AUGUCGGCCAAACUCCACACCGUGCCUUUUCUCAUCAACGGCAGUGACCAUGUCAGCGAAACCACCGCCGAUGUUGUUUCUCCCGUAAACGGCGAGGUUACUCACCGUUACAGCAGCGCUGACGUCAAGGAUGCCAACUCUGCAGUAGAUGCUGCUGCUGAGGCUUUCAAGUCGUGGCGCAAGACGAGGCCUUCGGAGCGUCGUGAUCUCCUCCUCAAGGUUGCUGAGAUCAUGGAAAAGCGACAAGAUGAGCUGCGUGGGUACGCCAUGACAGAGUGCGGCAGUGAUGCUGCAUGGGCCAGCUUUGAUGUCAAUACUGGUAUUAGCCACAUCAAGGAGAUUGCUGGUCGUGUAGGAACAAUUGAGGGUUCAAUCCCCACUGUCGCGGAUCCCAACACAACCGCUCUCGUCUUGAGAGAGCCAUACGGUGUCGUUGUAGCCAUUGCCCCUUGGAAUGCUCCGUAUAUCCUAGGCACAAGAUCCGUUCUCUUCCCUAUCGCUGCUGGAAACACAGUUGUUUUCAAGGCUAGCGAGACUUGCCCUCGAACCUUUUGGGCAAUUGGCGACAUCUUCAGGGAAGCAGGAUUCCCCGAUGGUGUUCUUAACGUUAUCUACCAUGAACGGGCCAACGCCGCAUCCGUCACGACAGCCCUAAUUGAGCACCCUCAAGUCAAGAAAAUCAACUUCACUGGUAGCACCCCAGUUGGUCGACUCAUUGGCAAGAUUGCUGGUGAGAACCUGAAGCCUGUUAUCCUAGAGCUGGGUGGCAAGGCCCCCGCCAUUGUCUGGGAGGAUGCCGACCUUGAUCUCGCCGCUCUGCAGUGCACGCUCGGAGCUUUCAUUAACUCUGGCCAAGUCUGCAUGUCCACAGAGAGAAUCUUGGUGCACAAGAACAUCAAGGAAGAGUUCGAGAAGAAGCUUUCAGCUACUAUUGACCAGGUCUUCUCAUCCGGAGCCGACGCUCCUAUCCUUGUUGCGUCAGCGCCAGUUGAGAAGAACAAGGCAUUGAUUAAGGAUGCCAUCGCCAAGGGUGCUUCCUUGGCUCACGGCGAUAUCGAUGCUAAGGAGGCCAGCAACACUCGUAUGCGACCUAUUGUUGUCAGAGAUGUCACCACCGAGAUGGACAUCUACAAGACAGAGUCAUUUGGCCCUACUGUCUCUCUUAUCGUUAUCGAGACUGAGGAGGAGGCCAUUAAGAUCGCCAACGACACAGAGUAUGGUCUAAGCUCUGCUGUGUUUACCUCUGACCUUCAGCGAGGUCUUCGCAUUGCCCGCGAGAUCGAGUCAGGUGCGGUUCAUAUCAACAACAUGAGCGUUCACGACGAGAGUGGUUUACCUCAUGGAGGAGCCAAGUCGAGUGGAUACGGCCGCUUUGGCACGUCUGUUGGUCUUGAGGAGUGGACUCGAACAAAGAACAUCACGUUCAAGAACUAA